AUAACAAUGAUAUAAUUGUAACUUAGAAAAAUGUGCAUGGAAAGAACCAAGUAUGUGAUAAAGUAAAUAUUUUUAAUUACUAUCUAUGCAAUGUAUCACAUUUCAAGGUCGAAUGAAAGUCGGUGUAUGUGUAUGCGAUAGCUGACAUAUAAGCGACGUGCGAAAUGGUUGAUGCUGGUUAGUAUACUCCAGGACGUCGUGAUAAACGUUGGUGAACAUUUAUUUGCAGUUCUGCAAUAUGACCAUUCUGCGAUGGGGUAUUGUCAGCGCGGGAAAGAUUUCACACGAUUUCGUGACGGCACUGCGAUCCUUACCAGCGGAUGAGCAUGAUGUGAUCGCCAUCGCAGCACGGCAAUUGUCGCGUGCGGAAGCUUUCGCGAAAUUGCACGAGAUCAAAACAGCCUACGACGAUUAUGCGAAAUUGGCCACAGACAAAAAUAUUGACAUCGUGUAUAUCGGUGCAAUUCAUCCUCAACACUUCAACAUCGCGAUGUUGAUGCUGAAGCAUGGCAAGCACGUUUUGUGCGAGAAGCCACUGACAAUGAACUUGAAACAGACCACUGAGCUGAUUAAUUACGCGAAGAGUAAAAACUUGUUUCUGAUGGAAGCGGUGUGGAGCCGCUGUUUUCCCGUGUACGACGUUAUUCGGAAGGAAAUCGCGUCUGGCAACAUAGGCGAUAUUCAUCAAGUGAUUGUCUCCUUCGGUUUCGAAUUUCCUGACCUAGAUCGGAUGGCCUUGAAAGAAUUGGGUGGCGGCACAAUUCUGGAUCUUGGCAUUUACUGUUUGCAAUUUGCCUGCUUAAUCUAUAACAAUGAGAUGCCGGAAAGCAUUAAGGCGUCCGGGUUCCUAAAUAAGAACGGCGUCGACAUGUCCAUGUCGGCUACAUUGACUUAUAAGGGAAGUCGCACCGCAACCAUCAUGACUAGUGCGCUUGUAAACUUGCCGAAUGAGGCGUUCAUCUGCGGUACUAAGGGUAUCGUAAAAUUACCGGAAUUUUGGUGCCCGACGAAGGUGGAGCUACCGACCGGCACGGUGAAGGUAUCGCUGCCGAAAUUGAAGCACGAAAUUAACUUUAUAAAUUCUGCAGGGCUAUCAUAUGAAGCUGCCGAAGCUCGCGACUGCAUUCUGAAAGGUUUAACAGAAAGUCCAAAGGUAUCGCACGAAACAUCUUUAUUAUUGGCGAAACUGGAAGAUGAGUUGCGCAGACAAUUAAACGUUGUAUAUGCUGAAGAUGCUUGAAAAACUACAUGUAUUUUACGAAUAAUAAUACAUUUAUAAUUAAUAUUACAAUGUAAUAUACAGCUUGUUCCAUAAGAAACGACCUUUAUUUAACCGGUCUCAGUUGAUACACUAUAUUGGAUUCGAUUUGUCACACCCCGACCAUUUUCAAUUAUUAGUGUGAGUUAAAUGAAAACGAGACUGUAUAACGGAACGUAUACAGUCUGUCUCGUUUUCAUUUGACUCACCCUAAUACGUAUGUACAUCUCAGUACGUAAUGUAUAGAAUUUGAACAUUUUUUUUUUUAAUUGAUACGCCAGAAGAUCAAGAAGAAGACUAUAAAUAGGUGCAAAAAUUGAGAAGUUGAAUAUAUUCGAAAUAUUUAGAAGAGAAAGAGUGUACGAUUUAUGAAUGCCAAGCAUUUUUGUAAACAGCCUGGAUGUACGACACAGUGCGUCAGCUGAGAUUUACGAUUAUUGUCAAUAUAACGGAAUGUAAUGCGGCAAAUACGCGUCAGGCGCGGUUGACAGUGCGCAAUAAAUGAUAAUUACAGAUAAUCAUUAA